AUGGCGGGCAACCGAGACAAUACCCUAGAGGGGCAGCUCACUCAUGUAAUACAACAUCAUAUGUCACAACCGGGGACGGAGGCUCAAGUGAGCGUUCACCAGGUACAAAGCCCACCCGGCAGUGGGAAAAGACACCAAAUAAUAAUCGAUAUCAAACAGGAUAUAGAUAUAGAUGAGCUAUCGACUCGGUCUUUGGCUGAGAGUGUCAUGGAAACCCUAGGCGCGCGUUCUGCAGCUGUAUACAUAGACAACUCUCAAGUACAGGGAGAAAAUUCAGAUAUGGAGUCUUUGACGACUGUGAAUGUUAUAGUUGCUAAUGAUUUGAGCCAAGCGGCACCGAGCCCUCAGAUGGAAGACACGGAAAUAGUCGAAGAAACGCAGGCGGAGAGCACCGGGAUAUUGCCUGGGAAUCGAAUAGCUGUUGACCGGAUUGUGGAGAUGACAAAUGCGGCGAAUACAUCGAACGAAAAAUCGACAUCGACUGCGACUACUUUAUCGAUAACCACAGUUGCUACCACUACUGCGUCAGUUAAGAUCGUGACAUGA